UCGCAACAAGAAUUGUCGAAAAUCGCGAUAAUGAGUAUUGUGCAAUGCAUAGAAUAAAAACAUGCAAUUUGUGGGAAAUUAUAAUAGCUUUCUUAACAAGGGAAGACGCUUUGUACGCCGCUGCAUGGACACAUUUAUGAAUCUUUUGUCCGUUUUUAUAAUCGGAUAGAUCCUGAAAAACAGGCGCUGCUGUUUAGUCGAAAUGUAGAAGACCAAAACGGUCUUUAAUUCUAGGUUUUACAAUCCGCUAUUUUCCAUUACACGUGAAGGUAGAAAUCAUUGAUCGGUCCAUAUGCCUAUUCGUUUUUCAGCUGAUUGUAUUUUGUUUUUGAAUAAUUGUAUUGAUGGUAGGCUAUAUUAUAUCUCGUGCAUUAUUGAUACACUGCUGAAUUUCCAUCUAUCUCAAACUGGGCCAUGUUUUAUUUUAAACUUUAAUCUCUGAGAUUAUUUCUCGUUUAUUGGAUGGACUCCGGUCGUAACCCAGGAUGGGGACUGUUGUGCAGCACAGCGCUGCAGCUGGACUCAACAUGCUCCCUAGCAGGGUGGACCGGGAAUGGCCCAAAAGCUCAUGGACCGACAGACAUGUGACGAGUGUAUUAAAUAGCACCAGGAUGACGACCCAAAAGAAGCCCUUGCAUCCCCAGAUGAUGAUCCCAAGUCUGGACAACACUCACAUUCCCACCCGGUCAGCAGACAAGAAGCAGCAGCAAAGAAGACAGAAGCACAAACCAAACAUUCCUUCAGUCAAACACAACACCAACACCUCUGAACUCAGCACUCAGGGCCAGUUGGACCCUCCUUCAUCGCCCCUGUUAUCAGCUUUGGAUGGGAAGGAGAGGAGAGAGAGGAGCAGGAGGAGAGAGCAGCAGGAGAGGAGGGAGAGGAGAGAGCAGCAGGAGAGGAGAGAGCAGCAGGAGAGGAGGGAGAGGAGAGAGCAGAGGGAGGUUCAGGUUGAGAAGGAGAGGAGGGAGGCUCAGAGCAGCCAUCACGGAGAACAGAAGCAGGCUGUCUCCAGGAGGAGUAGACAAGCUGCGUCCCUUCAUCACAACCACAGCUCCAGCCAUAGCUCCCAGGUCCUGCCUGGAGGCGUACCUGUGGGCCAGAGGACAGCCCAGGAGUCUGUGGGGUUGGCUGGCCAGGGAAAGGGUUGUGUAGAGGGGGAUGUAAGGGUGGGAGAAGGGGGAGAGGUGGGUGUAGGGGGGAAAGAGAAGGGAGUAGGGGACAUAUACAGUGACAUAGACACAGAUCUGUCUGAAUCAGAGAGGCUCCCUCUCCCCUCCUCCCCCUCCUCCCCACCUAACCUCGACCUCCGUCCAGAGGUCAUCUUUCCCCGUGACUUCCAGCCUGAUCUCCCUGGACCACGAGGCUACGGCCCUGGUCAGUUCAGCUACCCAGAUUUCCUCCCUCCGCCCUUCAACUCCUGGAGCCUCCGGCAGCUGGCCGUGUUCUUCCACCCAGAGGGAAGACACCGUCCCCGCUCCAGACCUGCAGGCAUGGCGCUGGACAGGUACCUGGAGCAUCUACUGCUGCUGGAAUGGCUCCGGAUUCAGACGGUUCAGGAGGAGAGUGGGAGUGUGUCCUCUGUUCCAACCAGCCGCUACUGUUCCCACCAUGGUACACCCUCCCUCCACGGGAGACUCAGCUCUCCGAAAUGCAUCCUCCAGUGCCAGAGAGCAUUCCCUGUUACUCUCCUCUCCUCCCUGUCUCCCUCUGCCUUACUGUCUGGCUGCACACAUCACCACGCUCGCUACCCGCCUUGUACUGGGGCCUGCCGCUCACACACCUCCCACCACACCUCCCCCCGCGUCUCUCUCCCCAAGAGGAGCUACAGUGAGAGUCGGGUCCACUCUGCUGAGAAGGAGAAGGCUUCUGGGCGUCAGAGUUGUGGGAGCCCUGCCAUGGGGAUCGGCCACCUGAAACGGAUGCAGGCUUUUGGGAACAUCCGUAACCCUGUAGCCGUUAGUCCUACCAGAAGGCAGAGGUCAUCGUCUGUAGUCAGGAACCCCAGUUUUGGGUCUGGGUCAGGGUCUGGGUCAGGGACUGGGUCAGGGACUGGGACUCCCAGAGGAUUUAAUUGUGUUGGGUCUGGAUCUAGUGGUGCCCUCUAUGAAGUCUCCAGUAGCGUGAGAAGGAGGAGAAGUGAAUCUGAGCGAAGGAGAGGGACAGGGUCUGGGUCAGGGACUGGGUCUGGGUCUGGAUCAGGGACUGGGUGUGAGGCUUGGGAAAGGGCUAUGGAGAGGGCUGGGUUUGGGAUCGGGUCUGGGACUGGCAGGGGACUGCACUGGACAGGGUCUGGGUCUGGGACUGGGGCUUGGGCUUGGGCUGGGUCUGCUGCUGGGGCAAGGGCUAGUAAGAGGGCUGGGGAGAGGCAGGCCAAGGGCAUCGACUGGAGUCAGGCACCCCAGACAGGCCAGGGUGAGGAGGAGGAGGAGGAGUGGAUCUGA